UCCCAAAUUUCUAAUCUUCACUUUAAGAGGAAUUAAAUUGUGUAGUUGGUUUUCUGUAUUCUGCUGGCAUGAAGCCCUAGAGUAAUUGCCAGUGUAAUAAGUGAUCUCUUGCUCUGUGCUCAUUCAAACUUCACUCUUGGAACCCGAAAAUUUGUUGAGCCGAAUUAUUGCUUCUGCUGUGUGUUCUCUGUCAAAAGUUUGGGUGCUGAGAGUGAGGCCCUUGUUUAUUUACAGUUUUGGAAAUGGCUGACAAGGAUUCUUCAUCUGGAUCCAACAGUCAAAACCUAGAUCAGGAUUCUGCUGUGAACCCACUUUCCAAUUUUCAGAACACCCUUGAGAACAUUGUUCAGAAGUUUCAAGGCUCCAAUCUGAAUAACCAACAGCAUAAGUUUUGGGAGACCCAGCCUGUUGGGCAAUUUAAGGAUGUUGGCAACUCGAGUUUGCCCGAGGGUCCUAUUGAGCCGCCGACACCAUUAUCUGAGGUCAAACAAGAGCCCUACAACCUCCCUAGUUUGUAUGAAUGGACUGUCUGUGAUAUGGACUCUGACGAGGUCUGCAAUGAGGUUUAUGUUCUGUUGACAAAUAAUUAUGUUGAGGAUGAUGAUAACUUAUUCAGGUUCAAUUACUCGAAGGAGUUUCUUCGAUGGGGUUUGCGUCCUCCGGGGUACUUCCGAAGUUGGCACAUUGGUGUUCGUGUAAAGGCCUCCAAGAAAUUGGUUGCAUUUAUUACUGGGAUUCCAGUAAAAUUAAGGGUCCGGGAUGAGGUUGUCCGAAUGGCUGAGGUUAACUUUCUGUGUGUUCAUAAGAAGCUCAGGUCUAAGAGACUUGCUCCUGUGAUGAUUAAGGAAGUGACUAGGAGGAUUCACUUGGAAAAUAUAUGGCAGGCAGCUUAUACUGCGGGAGUGCUUCUCCCUACGCCGAUAACGACUUGCCAAUACUGGCAUCGGACAUUGCACCCCAAGAAACUUAUUGAUGUUGGUUUCUCCAGGCUUGGAGAGAGGAUGACAAUGAGCCGUGCAAUUAAACUCUAUAGGCUUCCAAGUUCAACGGCAACCAUUGGCUUGAGGAAAAUGGAGCUCCGAGAUGUUCCUGCAGUUACUCGGCUGCUAAGGAACUAUUUGAGCCGGUUCGUAGUUGCUCCAUUGUUUGAUGAUGAUGAAGUUGAGCACUGGCUUCUUCCACAGGAGGAUGUAGUUGAUAGUUAUGUAGUCGAGAGUCCAGAUACUCAUGAAAUAACCGAUUUCUUCAGCUUCUAUACACUUCCGUCCUCUAUCCUUAAUAACCCAAAUUACUCGACUUUAAAAGCAGCUUAUACUUUCUACAAUGUCUCCACUGCAACACCACUGCAUCAGCUGAUCCAGGAUGCUCUUAUUAUUGCAAAGCAAAAGGAUUUUGAUGUUUAUAAUGCGCUUGAUAUCAUGGAAAAUGAGCCAUUUCUGAAGGAACUCAAAUUUGGUCGAGGUGAUGGGCAGCUGUAUUAUUAUCUGUAUAAUUAUCGGCUGAAAGAUGCUCUCCAACCAUCAGAACUUGGACUCGUGCUGUUAUAAUUUGGCAGAUCCCUUCCUCUGGAGCAAUGCUUAGACCAGCAGUAGGACACCUUUUUCAGUCCCUUCAUGGACUGUUCAAAGUUUUCAGUUGAAUUUAUGCAUUCUCGUUGGCUCAACAAAGAGUUUUGGUCACUUGCGCAGGUGCAUAGUUAAGGUUUCAGUUUAGCUUUGAUAUACUUGAUCAUGUCAAAAAGGUUGUGUGGAAGCAGCGCCCGCAGCGUAUGUUGUGCAUCUCUGAAAAUUUUCAUUCUGCCGAGAUACUGUAUACAUGCACAUGUCAUUGCAAAAUAAUCAUGUUACUGAAAUUGUGUACAUCUAUUUGCUGCAAGCAGUAGUACCUUUUGUCAAGACCUGCUUUAUUGAUGCUUACUUGUUGUAUGCGUUGAAUUACUUGUAUUUUAUUUCCAUGAAUGAUUUGAUUUCAUUUUGAGGAAGGAUUGGAAUGCAUUUGAAAUUUCCCUUGUGUAUGGAAACCUGAAUGAGCAAUAACGACUACAGCCUUGGGUAUUUAGACGGAAACUGUUCAAUAGACCUGUUCAGUGUAAACUUCAUUUGUUCCCCUUGAAUGUGUACUGAAUCCCAAAUGUGUUGUCUUGAUAUGUGAAAAGGAAAAAUGUUUGCUA